AUGGAAGAGAGGGUCACGUACGCUGAUCUGCACUUCCCCCCCACACCAGCUCCUCAGCGGAUGAAGCAGCUGCCCUGGCGCUGUUUAGCCCUCAGCCUGGCUCUUCUUUGCCUGCUGCUCCUGCUGGCACAAAUUGUCCUUGUUGGCUUGAGCUUCCACUUUUUAGGGCAACUGGCAGGCUGCACCCAUGGUCCCUGGAGCACAGAGGAGACCCUCAGCUAUGGGCAACAGACUCUGCAAGGGCGAUGCCAGUUCUGCCCGGCUGGCUGGCUCUGGGAUGCAGGGCGGUGCUACUACUUCUCUUCUGCCAAAAAGACCUGGGAGCAGAGCAAAGAGGACUGCUGCUCCAGAGAGGCACAGCUGGUCACUAUCCGAGCCAACGCGACCCUGACAUUCCUGGUGCGCAUGUCCAAUGUGGAUGUGUUCCACGUGGGGCUGAGGCGUGACAACUCCCGGGCUGACUGGAAGUGGCUGGAUGGCACUGCGUUGAAGGGGCUCUUCCCAAUACAGCGUUUCACCAGCUCUUUCCUGGCCUGUGGGAGGGUGUCUGGCUCAGGUCUGUCUGGCGGCAUGUGUGGGGAAGCCCACAGCUGGAUCUGUGAGAAGAGUGCUGCCACCCUGCAGUGGGUCCACUCCACACCCCCGGCCUUCCUCUGGGGGAACACCACUUACACCUGUGCGAGGCCCUGGUGACCUGGGCCCAGGUCCUGCAGGAACCUCCAGCCUGGCCACCCUGGCGGCACAGGAACACCGCUGCUGUCACAGCCCCUGCAGCCCUGCCUGACCUGACCUCCUGUGUGCUGGUAUCCCACAUCGCAGUCUCCUAAUGCAGAGCUUUUCAUCCCCCGCAGCCCAGAUCUGUGCACU